AUGCUUCAUUCUCGAGUUUUUAUUCAGUCACUUCUCAAUACUAAAGUAUUUCUAGCUAAUACACCUGAUGUUAAAGGAAAAGUUCUCGAAAUAUCUACAGUUGAGGAUUUUGAUAACGAUGCUUUAAUAAAUAUGUAUAUUCAAAAGAACCAGAUUAAUUCUAUUGUAGUUUCAGCACCAGUAGAAGUCAUUCCAAAGAAGCCAUAUUUCAAAUACAUGACAAACGUUGAUUUUUCUUCUGCAAGCACCAUGAAAAUCGGAGAUUCUGUAUUUGAAGGUAAUACAAAUAUCAAGAAAGUCCAACUCUCAGCAUCCAUCAAGGAAUUAGGCAACAGAUGUUUCUAUGCAUCCAGAAUUGAAGAAAUUAUAUUGGAUUAUAUCACAACUUUCGGUGAUGAAUGCUUCGCAUAUGCUCCACGCAUAAAGUCAAUGUCUAUCGGAGCAACACAAAUUCCAAAAUCAUUCGCACAAAAUGCAAUUGGAUUGCAAACUCUUGAAUUCACGAAUGGAGGUGUCUCUGUCAACACAUCAGCAUUCGCAUAUUGCAUUAACUUAACAACUAUUCCAUUUUCUAAGAUUAAUGUUUACGGCGAGCAAUCCUUCGAAUAUUCUGGAUUAACAGGGUUCAGAUUUAUGAAGAAUACGAAACAAAUGCUUGCAUCAGCAUUCAGAUAUUCCAAUAUCAACAACGUUGUCUUCGAUCCUGACUACAACAAAGAUGUUUCUGUAUCCGUCAGACAAUUCAUGGGAACAUUAGUUACAAAGAUCAAUUUCUCGAAGAUUGAUGCUACAUCAUGCUUAUUCAUGUUCGCAGAAUGCCAGUUACUUGAAGAAAUUUACAUGGAUCCAAAAUAUGUCAAAGUUCCAACUUCAUUUUGUGAAAACUGCCGCAAUCUCAAGAAGUACACAUCAGUCGGAGCAGAGACAGUCGAAGAGAAGGCCUUCUACAACUGCAGAUCUCUCAAGGAAUGCAAUCUUCCAAAGGCAAAGACAUUCUUCCCUAAGGCAUUUCAAUUCUGCGAACAAUUAGAGAUGGAUCUCUCCGCAGCAAAAGAUAUCCAGGGCUAUGCUUUCGGAUUUUGCCAUAAAAUCAACAUAACAAACAUGAAAUAUACUGGUGAAUUCGGUCAGUACGCUUUUGAAGGCUGCCAAGGUAUCGAGGAACUUGUUAUCAACUGCACAUUAGGUGCAGGAACAUUCCAAGGCUGCAUUAAUUUGAAGAAAGUCACAUUCGGAAGUAACUGCAAUACCGUAAAUACUCAGGCAUUCAGUAACUGCACAUCUUUGAAGGAAAUCAACUUCAAUGGUUUCAUUUCAACAAUGGAAGACUCUGUCUUUUCAAAUUCAUCUGAAAUCGAAUGCUUGAAUUUGACAGCAGUUCAAUCAAUGAUGUUCUAUGCAUUUGAGAACUCCAAAGUUAAGUCAGUCAUCCUUGGUGAUACAGAAAUGCAAAGAUUCGUUUUCCACAACUGUUUCAACCUCAAGAAAGUAAUUCUCAGCAAGUAUUGCGAGCAUUUCUUUGCAGCAGCAUUUGACGGUUUAGAAGACAUCGAAUUCGUUGUUGACUCAGAAAACAAGAAACUUAUUCUUAAAGAUGGUGUUUUGACAAGAAAUGAUGGAACAUUGUUGGCAGUUUUACCAUCUUAUGCAUCAAAGACAUACACUGUUCCUGAUGAAAUUACUUUUAUCACAAAACACGCAUUUACUCUUGCUAAAAGCGUUGAAAAGCUCGAAAUCAAUCAUUUCUUGACAAUGGAUCAGCAAAACUUUUCAUACUACUUGAAGGAACUCGUCAUCAAUAACCAAGACAAAGAAAAUAAAAUUGUUUUGGAAUCAUUCCAUUUGAGUGGUUUACAAAAGUGA